UAUACGUCCACCAUGAAUAGCAUAGUAACUAUAUGUUUGGCUCUGUCUGCUUUUUGCUAUCUUGAGAUAGUUAGUGGCAGACCAUCUGUCAAUAAUGAUACCCUUUUAUUAGUCCAUACCUUGUUCCGUCAUGGUAAUCGUACCCCUGAUAGCAAUGGAUACGACAACAAUCCUAUCAAUGAGAGUUACUAUGCUGAAGGCUAUUCCCAAUUGACAAACGAAGGUAAGAGGACUGAAUACAAACUAGGAACUACGCUUCGCCAAAGGUACAGUAGCUUUCUGGGAAACACCUGGAAAGCAAAUUAUUUGGCGGCUAGAAGCACCAACGUCACCCGAACCAAAAUGUCAUUGCAGCUAGUAUUGGCUGCCCUGUAUCCUCCACGUGGUAACCAAAUUUGGAAUCGUCAUUUAAAUUGGCAGCCAAUUCCUUAUGAUUUAGUUAAAAAUGAUGCGGAGCUUUCCGGAAGCCGAGUUUGUUCCAACUACAGCACAGAGGUUAAAAAAGUGUUAUACUCAGACGAAAUCCAAGAAGCUCUUAGUGUUUACGAUGAUAUUUUUAAAUAUCUAUCCAACCAAACCGGACAAAACAUAAGUACUCCUAAUGAUAUAUUUGAUUUGUAUUUUAAUUUAAUCACUCAGGAGGAAUAUGGGUAUCCAUUAGAAGAAUGGUGGGAACCAGUAUGGCCUGAGGCAUUAGCCAGAAUUGUCAUUGAGAAUUAUUAUAUUAAAGCUAACACUACUUAUUUAAAACAAAUAACUGCAGGACUACUUUUAAAAAAGAUGAUAACUGACUCUAAAGCUAAGAUUGACGGUACUAUCAGCCCAACAGAAAUAAAGAUGUACCUCUAUUCCGCUCAUGAAAUGAAUAUUGCCAGUUUUCUUAUAGCUCUUGGUGUAUUCGAUGAUUCAAUUCCCAAUUACGGUUCUCAUAUCUUGCUUGAGCUACAUUUAAUUGAUGGAGUGUAUGGAUUCAAGGUCUUUUAUGAAAACUGGACCGCAAGUUCUCCGAGGCUCUUGACUAUCCCAGGUUGUAACGCCUUUUGCCCUUAUGAUGACUUUGUUUCUCUCUUGGAAGAAAUAAUUCCUAAUGAAGGUAUUUGCUAAACUUUUUACCUGAAAAUGAAAAAAUAAUAAACUUAUCUAAACCAUUAAAAAGUACUAUUUCUAAAUAACUGUAUACUAAAUUUUAAAAAGCAAAUAUAGAUAAGCUAUAAAUUUUUAAAAUAAUAAAUAUUUAUAAAGCAACAAAUAA